UUGUACGGAGAGUUAAAGUUCAGUUCCUGACGGAAGAAACAAACAACUUAAUUCUUUCCUCCAUAAAACAUCCCAGCCACUCACAAUUACUGAAAUCAACCACACAAACACACAGAGUCUCAUCAAACAUCAUACACAUCAAAAUGCCCCCUCACGAAGGCCUCGUCCACCCCCCCGAAUACAACCUCAAAGACAGCAACGUCGAACUCAUCAACAGCGCCCUCGACCACCAAGUCAAAUACAACUCCGCCACCACCGAGCCCGCCUGGCGCGAGCCGGACACCCUCGGCCGCGCCCCGGGCCUACACGUGUGGCGCAUCGAGCAAUUCGAGGUGGUGGCGUGGCCGAAGGAGCGCUACGGGGAGUUCUACGAUGGGGAUAGUUAUAUCGUGCUGCAUAGCACCAAAGUCGACCAUGCGGAUUCUUCUGACGAACAAGAAAAAGAAGCGGGGCACGAGCAGCAACUCCACCACGACAUCUACUUCUGGCUCGGCAGCAAAACCACCCAAGACGAAGCCGGCACCGCCGCGUACAAGACGGUCGAGCUGGAUGAGUAUCUCCACGGGGCGGCGACGCAGCACCGCGAGGUGCAGGCGCAUCCCUCGCCGGAGUUUGUGGGUCUGUUUCCGCGGCUGACGGUGCGGGCGGGCGGGGUGCGGUCCGGGUUCCGGCAUGUGGUCGCGACGGACGGGGAGAAAGAGGAGCAGAGGAAGACGCUGUUGCGCGUCUUCAAGCAUCCUGGCUCUGGACGGUCCGGGUCGGUGAUUGUGCAUGAGGUGGAGCCCGACUGGCGCAGUUUGGAUGAUCGGGAUGUCUUUGUGCUGGAUGCCACCCAGAAGAUCUGGGUCUGGCAGGGGAGGCGCUGCAGUCCGAUGGAGAAGGGGAAGGCGGCGCAGGUGGUGCAUGAUCUGACCCAGGCGAAGCAUGUCGAGGUCGAGGUGCUGUCGCAGCUUGAGGCCCGGUCGAAGGUCGUUGUGGAUAUGUUGGGGGGGAAGGAGGUCGAGCAAUUGUCGUUCACCUGUCCCCGGCCCUUGUCGUCGCGGAAGCGCGCGGUGGCUGAGGAGGAGGAGGAGGACGGGGAGGGGGAGGGAGAGAGUCCCCGGCAGCGCAAGUUGUUCAGGCUCAGUGAUGCGCAUGGCUCGUUGUCGUUUGAUCUGGUCAAGGAGGGCGAUCGCAUUGGCAAGUCGGAUCUCGAUGGCAAGGAUGUCUUUCUGUUCGAUGCAGGAGAUCGCUUGUGGGUGUGGCAGGGCUUGGAGGCGAGUGCGACGGAGAGGGCGCUGUGGUUGCGCGUCACACAGCGCUAUGUUCGGUGGUUGCAGGAGAGUCCGGAGGGCUCUGCGGCGCAUCUCAUCCCGAUCUCGAAGGUCGUGCAGGGCCAUGAGAGUCCGGCCUUCAUGCGGGCGAUUGCUGCUGUCGCUUAGCGGAGGAGUGGAUUGUACUAUACUCCGGGUGGUAUGCUGGCUGUAGUGAUCGAGUCAUAAGUAGCAAUCAUUGAUCUAGCAUACUAUCCCGCAGACGACUUGGUUUCAUUGCUGUACUCAGCGAACUAAUCAGUAUGCUCGACACGUUGUCUG